CCGGGGGGGGCCGCGGGCAGCGCCGAGCCCGGAGAGCGCCCGGGAGCCGGGGGGGGCGGACCGGAGACCGAGAACGGGAUGCCGGAGGGAGCGGAGGCAGCCCCCCCGCCGAUGCCGGCCAAGGAGGAGGCUCGCCCCCCGCCCGAGGGGGCCAGCUGUGAGCCCGGCCCCGCCGCCGCCGCCCCCCCCGGCUCUCCGUGCCGCCCCCCGCCCGCGGACCCGCUGGACACGCGCAUCGUGAUGGGCGAGGAGACGCGCAGCGCCCCGCCCGAGCCGCGGGGGGGGCCCCCCGUGCCUUGUCCCUUCCCCGCGCCCCCCAAGGAGCCGCCCCCGGGCCGCCCCCCCGCGCUGGACCCCGAGCUCUUCUUCACGGCGCCCUCGACGCCGGUGCGGGCGGGGGGGGCGCGGCCGGCGCCCCCCGAGGAGCCGACAGACGGGGACAGCGAGGGGCUCUGCUCGCCCCCCACGUCCCCCUCGGGCUCCUACAUGACGGCCGAGGGCGGCAGCUGGGGCUCCUCGGGCACCGCCAGCACCUCCCCGUCCUGCUCCCCCAACCUGGCGGCCGAGGCCGAAGGCUUGGGCGAGGCCGAGGGCGAGGCCGAAGGGCUGGGGGGGGCCCUGGGGCUGCCCCCCGGCCUGGGGGACCCCCCGGCCUUCCCCCCGCUGUCCCCCGAGGAGGAGGAUGAUGAUGAUGACGACGAGGACGGUCCCUUCGCGCCGCCGGGCUGUGCGGAUGACGAGGAUGAGGAUGAUGAUGAUGAGGACGGGCAGACGCCGGAGGAGGAGGAGGAUGAGGACGAGGGCUCGGGGCUGAUCCCGGCGGCGCUGCUCCCGUUCCGCGGCAGCCUCCUCUUCCAGGCCGAGGCCGUGGAGAUCUCGCCGCGGGCCGCCCCCGAGGAGGAGGAGGAGGAUGAAGGCAGCACCUCGGCGUCCUUCCUGCGCUCGCUGUCCGAGAGCUCCAUCCCCGAGGGGGGGGACGAGGCCUUCGCCUUCCGCGACGACACCGACGCCUCCUCGGACUCGGCCGCCUACGACGGGGACGAGGACGAGCGGCUCUACGGCAGCGAGCGGCACGCGGGGGACACGGGGACACCGCCCGGGACACCGCCGGGCUCCCCCGCGCCCGCCGGCGUGGAGCUGCACCUCCGGGCCGGGUCCCCGUGUCACCCCCCCGGAUCCCCGGGGACACCCCCGGCACUCCCCGGAGGGGACGCGCAGCUGGACGGCGACGCCUUUGUCCCCGUCACCGGGGCGUGGCCCCCGCCCGAGCCCCCCGAGGAGGCGGCGGCAGCCACAGAAGGUUCUGGAGCCGGGCAGGGACCGUGCCCGGAGCUGGCGGGGACCGGCCCUGUCCCCCCGGCCCCGGGGCUCUGUGCCAGGGACCCCCAGAGCCACCAGCUGGGGGGCACCAACGGGGAGCCCCAGGACGGCCCUGGCGGUGACAGCGACGGUGACAACGACCUGGAGCUCAGCACGGGGACAGUGGGGAGCGCUGAUAGCCACAGCGAGCUGGGCUCUGCAGCCACCGCCCUGGGGACAUCAGUGACACCAACCCCUCUGGAUGAGAUGGACACUGCAGGCAAUGACAUGGUGGCACCCGUGACAGCCAGCCUGACGGACUCAGGGGACACUGACCUGGUGGCACCAGUGACACCAACCCCACUGGACGAGGUGGAUGCUGCAGCCCCCAGCCUGCCUGACACCCAGCCCGACACCAUGGCCACAGACCUGGUGAGACCAACCCCACUGGUGGCAGCCAGCCCCCCAGAUGAGCCUGACACCGUGGCCACCAGCCUGGUGACACCAGUGGCACCAAGCCCACCACAUGAGCUGGAUAUCACGGCCACUGACCUGGUGACAGCGGUGACAUCCAGCCAGCUGGACAAGAUGGAAGCUGUGGACACUGUCCUGGUGACAGCAGUGACACCCACCCUGAUGGCCACUGCGGCCACCAGCCCGGUGACAUCAGUGACACCACCCUCCCUGGAUGAGAGUAGCACUGCGGCCACCGACCUGGUGACAUCGGUGACACCUGCCCCGAUGGACACCACGGACGCUGCCCCAGUGACCCCCAGUGUGAUGGACACCGUGGACACCAGACCGGUGACAUCGGUGACACCGAGCCCUCGGGAUGAGCUGGCCACCGUGACCACUGAGAUGGCCACCAUGGCCACCGCUGCAGUGACCCCCAGCCCGAUGGCCACCGUGACCCCUGCUGCAGUGACCCCCGAUGUGAAGGACACCGUGACCCCUGCUGCGGUGACCCCCGAUCUGAAGGACACCGUGACCCCUGCUGUGGUGACCCCCGAUGUGAAGGACACCGUGACCCCUGCUGCGGUGACCCCCAGCCCGAGGGACACCAUGGCCACCGCCCCGGUGACCCCCAGCCCCCCGGCCGCUGUCCCUGCCCCGUGUCCCCCUGCCCGGGCCGUGUCCCCCGUGGCGCUGGCAGCCGGGGUGGCCCCGUCCCACGAGUCCCCAGCUGUCCCCGCGUGUCCCCCGGCACAGGCGCCGCUGUCGCAACCCCCUGGCGAUGUCCCUGAGGAGCGCGGGGACGCGGCCACCGCCUCUGCCGAGGGCUUGUCCCCGGAGCUGCCGGACGCGUCCCGCACCUUCCCCGGCUUUGUCACCGUCCCCGCGGGGGGAGAGGCCGCGCCGAGCCCCGCCGGACCCCGCGGGGAGGAAGAGGAGGAGGAAGAGGAUGAAGAUGAGGAUGCGGCCCCCGCGCCCCCCUCGCCGCAGUUCACGGCCUCGGAGCGGGAGGUGUUCGUGGGGACCCCCCCGGCCCCCCCCGAGCUGCUGCCACCACCCGGUGCCUUUUCGGGGCGCGGGGCCGGCCCGGGGGUCACCGCCCCGCUCCGGGGGGCCCCGGCGGUGCUGCCCCCCGCCCCAGAGGAGCCCCCCGCCCCCCGGCCGGGCCCUGAGCCCCCCGGCCACGCUGCAGGGGACCCCGAUGCCAAAGUCCCCCCGAGUCCCCCCGCGGCCCCCCCCGAGCAGCGGGAGGAAGAGGAGGCCGUGGGGGGGGUCGCCCCCAGCCCCCUCCCCGCUGCGGGGCCCCGUCCUGAGCCCCCCCGCCCUGCACCCCCCAAACUCCGCCAAGUGCCUCCUCCCGCCGCCCCCAGCCCCCCCAGGGCCGCCCGCGGCCAGGAGCCCCCCCCGGGGCUGCCCCUCUCCAGGAAGCACCUGGAAGCCCCCCAGGCCCCCCCGCAGAAGGAGCCGGAGCCCCGGGGCCGGGCGGGGGUCCCGGGGGUGGGGGCGGCCCGGGCGCCCCCCCGGGGGUCUCUGCAGUCCGAGUCGAGCUCGUCCAGCGAGGCUGAGCCCCCCCAGGCCCCCCCGGCCCCCCAGCGCUGCCAGCCCAACCACCGAGGGUCCGGGAACGAGUCCGAGAGCAACGACGAGUCCAUCCCGGAGCUGGAGGAGCCCGAGGGCUCGGAGCUGCCCCCUGCCCAGCCCCAGGUGCCCCUUGGCCACGGGCUCGGGCCCGCGGAGGAGCCGCUCAGCAAAGCCAAGCAGAGCCGCAGCGAGAAGAAGGCGCGCAAGGCCAUGUCCAAGCUGGGGCUGCGGCAGAUCCACGGCGUCACCCGCAUCACCAUCCGCAAGUCCAAGAACAUCCUGUUCGUCAUCUCCAAACCCGACGUGUUCAAGAGCCCCGCCUCCGACAUCUACAUCGUCUUUGGGGAGGCCAAGAUCGAGGACCUGUCCCAGCAAGUGCACAAGGCAGCGGCUGAGAAGUUCAAGGUGCCCCUGGAGCACUCGGCGCUGGUGACCGACGCUGCUCCUGCCCUGGCCAUCAAGGAGGAGAGCGAGGAGGAGGAGGAGGUGGAUGAGACAGGGCUGGAGGUGCGGGACAUCGAGCUGGUGAUGGCCCAGGCCAACGUGUCCCGGCCCAAGGCCGUGAGAGCCCUGAGGCACAACAACAACGACAUCGUCAACGCCAUCAUGGAACUGACCAUGUAGCAGCCGGGGGUGUCCUGGCCCCCUGUAGAGAUGCACAGAGCCCCCCCAGACCCUUCCUCCUGCCCCCCAUCCUCCUCCUGGCCCCUGGACUGCUCAAUAAAGGCCUCCUGCACCCCUUG